AUGGCGAUGAUGAUGGCUGGCCGUGUGCUGCUGCUGGUGUGUGCCCUCUGCGUGCUGUGGUGCGGUGCCGGAUGGGUUUAUGCGAAAGAUCUUGACAACAAUGCACAGGAAGGCUGUGUGACUUCGGGAGAGUUGAGUACGAAUUGCUCUCAUAUGCCGAGGGGAUGUAAUAAACCUGCGCUCAUGAUGCCUUUGCGUUCUGUUUUGUCUGUCGCUGCUGUUGAGGCCUCAAAUGAGCAAGAAGAUUCUAAAGUCAACACUGGUUCGGAUUUAACUUCGGGUGAUCGCUCUGAUACUGUUUCCGGCACUCUUGGCGGGACUGGUGUUGUUGAUGGCAGUAAAGUUGAUGGCAGUGAACCUCUACGUUUGGCUGUGGUGCCUCCUGAUAACAGUGUUGGUGCUCCUCCCCCUCCUUCCCCCGACGCUGAUAAGGAGCAUGAUGAUUCACUGCUUCCCAAGGUUGUGCCAUCCUCUGAUAAGAAUAAUCCUUCAGAAAAAAUUGUGCAUUCAGAAACAGCAUUGCCUGCAGGGACUGCAUUGCUCAACGAUGAGGCAAGUAAAGAAUCAUUACCCACAGUAAAACCAGCGCCCAAUUCUCAAGAAUCAACAGGUACGGUGAAGACUACGGAACGGGUUUCAGAAGAAAACCCCGAUGUGUUACAGGGACCAGAUACGGUCAAUGCGGGACAGAGUAGGAAAAAAACCGAUACGGAAAUAAAGCCACAUACGACAACAGCCACAACUGCGACAAAAGCACCAACCACGACGACGACGACGACAACUACAACUACGACCACUACCACUGCGCCAGAGCCACCAAGUACUACAACCACCACAAAUGCACCAACCACGACGACCACCCGCGCACCGUCACGACUUCGCGAAAUGGACGGCAGCCUCAGCAGCUCUGCGUGGGUGUGUGCCCCGCUGCUGCUCGCCGCAUCCGCGCUGGCGUACACCGCUGUGAACUAA